AUGAAGGUUCCUCUCACUUUUCAAUUGCUGUGCAAGACGGCUCCUCCAAGAGAAUCAUUUGCAACGUACCGCAGAUCCUACCACACUGGUCCGGCUACAUCCGGACAACCCAUCAUACAUAGCGUGUUCGAGAAAAAGACAGAAACCUGGCAAUAUGUGGUUGCAGACCCUUCCACCUCGAGUGCGGUGGUGAUCGACCCCGUGCUGGACUUUGACCCAGUCACCCGGGCUAUCACGUCUGAAUCGGCCGACUCGCUAUUAUCUCUGGUCAAGCAGCACCGUUAUCAAGUUGACAGGAUUCUCGAAACCCAUAUCCAUGCUGAUCAUCUCACUGCGGCGUCCUACAUCCAGAAUGCUCUUGCCAAACAGCAAACACAGCGACCAGCAUUGUGCAUUGGGAAGCGUAUCGGACAGGUGCAAGACUUGUUUGGUCAGCGAUACAGCGUCGCUGUGCAUGAAUACAGAGGCGUUUUUGAUCAUCUUUUCGAUGAUGAUGAGAUGUUCGACAUUGGUGAUCUCCGUGCUCAGGCCAUUCACCUGCCUGGUCAUACUCCCGACCAUCUGGGUUAUAAGAUUGGCGACAACGUUUUCUGCGGUGACUCGCUUUUCCACGCAGACAUUGGCACCGCACGAUGCGAUUUCCCCGGUGGAAGCGCAGAGAGUCUAUACAGAUCCGGUCGCAAGCUCCUCGCAUUACCAGAUCAUGUAAAAAUCUGGACAGGCCAUGAUUAUCCCCCACCAGGACGCAGCGAGCCUAUCUCAUGUAUCAGUGUCAAGGAACACAGAAAACGAAAUAAACAUCUAAUGGACGGCGUGACUGAAGCGGAAUUUAUGGCUGUGCGACAUGAACGCGAUGCCAAACUGGGGGAGCCCAAGUUACUCCAUCAAUCGCUGCAGAUGAAUAUUCGGGCAGGCCAUCUUCCGGAGCCAUCGAUAACAGGCCAGCGGAUGCUGCAUUUGCCUCUUAGGUUGAAUUGUCCAGGCUGGUAGAAAAGCCCUUUUCGUUAUCACUUUGGAUAUGCCGCGAAUCCAAUGGAAGGCAGUCAGGCAGUACUAAACUAGUGUCGAUAUAGAGUAUAUACUAAGCCCGCGGAUCAUCAUUCUUAUUUGAUGCUAUUUUGACAGUCAUAUAGAAAGAAUGAUAUUUCCAUCAACAUCACAACCAUUGCCAUCCACCACGACCACAGGGCGGGGACCAGGGAUUCCCCUCACCAGGAAGCGACUUG